AUGUCCUCCAUAUCUUCGGUUUCUCUUAGCAGUAAUGCAGACGAUUGGGUAUGGUCUCCGGAUAGCUCGGGUUCUUUUUCGGUCAGGUCUGUCAAGGAUCUCAUCGAUGCGUCGGCUGGCAACAGGAAUCUGUAUGUUAUGGAUCGAUGUUCUUGGGUUCCCUUAAAAUGCAACAUCUUUGGUUGGAGGGCCGAAUUGAACCGUUUGCCGACAUCGGAUGCGUUGUUGAGUAGAGGUGUUGCUGUUGGCGAUGGCCUUUGUCCUCUGUGCAAAUCGGAGGCCGAAUCUGUGGUCCAUUUAUUCUGUUCCUGUAGUUUGGCUUCUCUCGUUUGGCAGAAAAUCAGCUGGUGGUGCCGUAUUCCGCCGAUCUAUGCUUUCUCUUUCAGAGAUGUGUUGGAAAUUCACAGGUUCAGUAACGUGGCCAAUAAUAUCAAAUCGGUGAUUCAUGGUAUUGUCUUAACAACGUGUUGGUGCCUCUGGUCUGCUCGUAAUAAGGCUGUGUUCUCGGGUAUUGAAGCCAAGGUGGAGUCGGUUUUUAGCGAGGUUAGGACCUUAGGCUUCCUUUGGUACAAAUAUAGAGUAAAGAAUAAUCCUAUCUCAUGGUCGAAUUGGUGUAAAUUUGUAAGUAUUUAG